AUGGAGAGCCAGGAUGAAAUUGAAGCAGCAGAACAGCAGAUCACCGAGAUAUCGCGCAAACUUGGAGGGCGUAUUAAAGAGCUUGUCAUAUGCCCUAUCUAUGCGAACUUGCCCUCCGAUUUACAAGCAAAAAUUUUUGAGCCGACUCCAGACGGUGCCCGAAAGGUAGUGCUUGCCACCAACAUCGCCGAGACAAGCCUGACGAUUGAUGGAAUUGUGUAUGUCAUCGACCCGGGAUAUGUCAAGGAGAAUCUAGGGCUGUACACAAAAUAUGCAUAUAUGAAUGAGAUGGAAGAGAGUACGACACCAGAGAUCCUGCGAACCAACCUGAAUAGUGUCGUGCUGCAACUCAAAAGCUUGGGCAUUAACCAGCUCCUUGACUUCGAAUUCAUGGAUCCUCCGCCAACAGAGGCUUUGAUCAGCGCCCUAAAUCAACUAUUUGCACUGCAGGCGCUGAACCACAAGGGAGAACUGACCAAAGUCGGACGGCAGAUGGCAGAAUUCCCCACAGAUCCUAUGCUCGCCAAAUCCGUCAUAGCAGCUGGCAAGGAAGGGUGUGUCGAGGAGGUUUUGUCAAUUGUGUCGAUGCUUGGAGAAGCGUCGGCUCUUUUUUUCCGACCGAAAGACAAAAAGAUACACGCCGACAGUGCACGGGCCCGGUUUACGGUGAAAGACGGCGGGGACCAUCUUACGCUUUUGAACAUUUGGAAUCAGUGGGUGGACAGUGACUUUUCGGCUAUCUGGACCAAAGAGAAUUACCUUCAGCAGCGGUCAUUGACGCGGGCGCGUGAUGUAAGGGAACAACUGGCCAAACUUUGCGAGCGGGUCGAGGUAGAGCUGUCCUCAGUGGGUGCAAGCCACAUGAUUCCCAUCAAGCGGGCCCUCACGGCUGGCUUCUUCCCCAACGCGGCAAGGAUGCAGCGUGACGGUGCUAGCUACCGGACUGUCAAGAGCAACACGACCGUGUACAUUCACCCAAGCUCAGUGCUGAUGGGUAUCGACCCUCCGGCACGCACGGUGAUUUAUUUUGAGCUGGUACAGACGACGAAAGAGUAUAUGAGGUCUUGCCUACCUAUCGAGGCGAAGUGGCUUUCAGAGUUAGCACCUCACUUUCAUAAAAAAAAGGACAUGGAGGCAAUGGAGGAAAAGAAGAUGCCCAAGAGCUACGAGCAAGCUCACUGA